AUGAAAAUAUUUUCAAUUUUAUUACUGCAGUGCAAGAAUAAAGUGUGCGGCUAUUCUGGAUAUUUAAUUCCAAAUGGGUGCACAGUGACCAGAACAGAAAGACAAAUGGUCCCAGAGGAAAUAGAAUUUAUGCAAGCACAAAUAGACACAAUAUGCUCAAUGGACCUAGCAACGAGUGAAUUUAUUCUGCCAAUAAUUCUUAAUGGAGUAAAACAAAAUAACACCAUUAACGGAUUAUCAGAAGAAUCUUUAUUCUACACGGCAGAGGAACUUCAGCGCAUUCUGGAUGAAAACUCAAUUCAAUCUGCACUCGAUCAGACAAGAAUAUCUGAUUUAUUCACUGUCCUAUUCUGCACAGAAGUUAAUGAUGGUGCACUGGUCUGUGCACAGUGCCAGAGACACUAUCCAUUAACCAAUGGAAUAGUAGAUUUCGUUACUGCACCUACAAAUACAGAAGAAUAAUUUUUGGGUUUAUGGUAUGCCACUGCAUCAAUAAAGAUAUUAACAAGAAAAGUCAAACACAUCUUCGGCUAUUGAUUUUAUCUUUAUAAUAUUCGUAUAAUGAAUAAAUCC